AUGCGCGCGCUUCAAAAGAAGCGUAACUAUUCUUUCCAACUGCUGUCCUAUUGUUUAUUUUUAUAUUACUCGAGGCUAUUCACAUUUCUCCAAGUGCAUCAGAAAGAUAAACUUUAUAUUACAUGUACAGAGUGGAGUACAUUGUAUGGUGGAAAACGUGCUACUGAUAGUGGUAGACAGUUUAAACGUCUUCCAUUUCACUGCUGCAGCAUCUCCUUUCAACCUUUUUUAAACCCAUAUUGUACAAAAGAGGGAAUAAUUUUCGACUUGGAGAAUAUCUUACCAUUUUUGAAAAAGCAUGGUAUUAAUCCUGUUACUGGGAUGAAAAUGAAGAUGAGUGAAUUAAUCAAGUUAAAUUUUCAUCGAAAUUCUGAUGGGAAAUUUCAUUGCCCCGUAACAUUCAAAGUAUUUAAUGAAAAUACACACAUUGUUGCAAUUAAGCCAACGGGGAACGUAUACUCUUUUGAUGCUGUUCAACGUUUGAAUUUAAAGGCGAAUAAUUUCCUUGACUUGCUCAAUUCCGAAUCAUUUACAAAAGAUGAUGUCAUCACAAUACAAGAUCCUACACAACUAGAAAAGUUUAAUAUUUCCGCUUUUUAUCAUGUAAAAAAUAAAGAAGAGGCGCAAAAUGAAGGCAAUGUAGUAGUUAUACGUUCGUUAAAUCAAGAAACCAAAGAAACUUUAGCUGAAUUACCAAAAGAAAUUUCAGUACCAGACUAUAUGUAUUCAACUAGGAAAAAUUCAGACACAGGAAAAAAGCGUGACGCUUUUAAUACAGCUACUUAUUCAACUGGUCGAGCAGCGGCUUCACUUACGUCAACUGUUAUGGAACCAGUAACAAAAAUUGAACCGGCGAUUCUCGAAGAUGAUGUAGUCCGAUACAAAUAUGUGAAAAAGAAAGGCUACGUCAGUUUGGUCACAUCACACGGAAAGUUAAACCUUGAGUUGCAUUGCGAUUUGGUCCCGAAAACGUGUGAAAAUUUUUUACGUCAUUGUUCUUCUGGUUACUAUAAUGAUACAAGUUUUCAUAGACUAAUUCGCUACUUCAUUGUUCAGGGAGGCGAUCCAACUGGCACUGGGUUUGGCGGUGAUUCAGCAUGGGGUGGAUCUUUUGCAGACGAGUUCGUUCCCAAUUUAAGUCAUGAUACACGUGGUGUUGUAUCUAUGGCUAAUUCUGGACCGAAUACUAAUCGAUCUCAGUUCUUUAUUACUUUCCGAAAGUGCAAGCAUUUGGAUCGUAAGCAUACUGUGUUCGGCAAGGUUGUUGGAGGUUUAGAUUUCUUGGGAAAAAUUGAAAUGAUGGAAACCGAUAAAGACGAUCGACCUUUAGAAGACAUACAAAUCAUAAAUUGUGAAGUUUACGUCGAUCCAUUCAAAGAUGUUGAUGAAAUGUUAUGUAAAGAACGUGCUAAUUACAGUGAAGAAAUAAACAUCGAUAAUGCUGAUAAAAGCAUGCAUCCGAAGCCAGGUAAUCGUCAGGAGGAAGAAGCUUUGGAAGCUGCUGAACGUGCUAAACGCAACAAACAAGAUGGAAUUGCGAGUCAAGUGUAUCGAACAGGUGUUGGUAAAUUUAUUCAUGAUGUAGAUCAAUUUGACACUAAAGCUAUAACCAAUAAACACGGUAAAGAUAUUGAUUCUAAUCUACAGAUGAAUGAAGAUGUUUUACGUAAGAAACAGAAACUUGUAUUAAAGUCACAGUUAACUGACUUCUCUUCAUGGUGA